AUGGACAACGAUGAACCACUCCUUUCAAGACUAACCCGGGCACAGCUGGUCGUCAAAGAAGUGCAGGAGAUAUGUGGCGUUCCUUCCCUUUCAUGGGGCAUAUUGCACCACGGCCAAGUAAUAAAGCGGCAGAGCAUUGGCUAUCGUGACGUAGAGGGGCAACUUCCGGCGAACCCAGACACGAUGUACAUGAUUGGGUCACUAUCAAAGUCAUUCUUGUCAGCGGCAGUGGGGAAGCUUGUCGACGGGGGGGCACUGUCAUGGCUCGAUCCGAUACAGAAAUACAUUCCCGAGUUCAAUCCCAAAGAUGAUCCAAAUAUUGGGCCUAAAGCAGACAUUAUUGAUGCUCUACGGCACUCUACAGGCCUUGCUGCCCCAACGUUACUUUCCUUAGGGCCAAGGGCGACAAUUCUUAGUGACGAGAAGGACUUCAUUCGCUUGUUGAAUUCCCUGCCAACAUCCAACCAGGAGGGUCAACGAUUCAACCGUUGGUGGAUGUACAACAACUAUACAUAUGGGUUGAUUGCAAAGGUGGUUGAAAUUGUGAGUGGACAGAGCUAUGCGGAUUAUAUCCAGGAGCAUAUCUUGACGCCUCUCGGAAUGCAUCAUACGGCUAUUUCGAGUAAUGGCACGAGAAAGAAUGAUAACAUCGCAUACCCUUACGUAUGUCCGAGCGUUGGAGAAUACUACAAGAUUCCCUCCGAAUCUUGGCCAUGUGAUGAUCAUACGCCCUUAUUAGCAGCCAUGGGGAUGCGCAGCAGUGUCAACGACAUGCUGGUCUGGUCAAAAGCAGUUCUGGAAGCUGAAAAGCAGGAAGAAACGGGCCAGGAGCAUGACAAAGCAAUCUCAAAAGGAUAUCCGUUGAAACAAAUGAGGAAGAUCCGCCAAGCGUACUGGACUAGACCAGUAGAUGACUCGUUCCAAAACGAAACAGCAUACUGCAUGGGUUGGCUGAGGGUUGAGAUGCCAUCCUCUUCGAUAGGCAUGCUUAGCUGUAACACCGAUACACGCAAAAGGAAGGAACAUCUGAAGUACAUUUUAGGGACCCAGUCGGGUCCGAUGGUUACCAUCUGCCAUAACGGCGUCGUGAAUGGCUCAACAGCAGCUCUUUAUACGUUCCCUGAGACCCAGAGUGCUGUGGUGGUUCUUUCAAACGGACUCCAUAGUGGCGACGCAAGUGAUUUCGUGGCACAAAUUCUGAUCCAGGCUCUAUUUGACCUUCAGCCUAACGUGGACUUACUUCCAUUAGUCCGGAUGGAAGCUGAAAUCCCUCGUCAGUGGUAUGAGUCGAAAUUUGCGGCUCCGUGGAGACAAGAUAGGAGGCUUGCCGAUAAAGAACGGAAUCGAGAGCUAUACCUAGGCGACUACUAUGGAUUUGAUGACACCUUUGUCUUGAGCAUUGUUCCGAGACCCAUUGCAAGGUCUAACGAGAAGGAACCAGAACCUGACCUGUCUUUGGCGGUAGUGUUCAACCGACGUACAGCUUCAAUUUGUGACUUGGAAUUCUAUAGAAAAGAUACAUAUAGCUUUUUCCCUCAGUCCCACGAGGAUCACUUGCUGACGAUGUACCCACUUUGGUGUGAUUACCGGAUGACCAUAUUGGAGUUCUGCGAGGAUGAAUCCGGGGAAGUAACAACCAUUCGGUGGCUCUGGGAUGAGGACGAAGAGCCAGCCAUUCUCAUCAGAAAGCACUCAUAA